AUGUCGCGCAAUCUCUUUGAGACUGAGACGCUUGCUUUUGCAGCGCAGUUGGGGCCUGCAUCGGAGUUUCUUGGAGGCUUUGGAGGGCAUCAGCAACCUGGAGGGCGAGAGCAAAGAGCUGAGAGCCUUGCUUUCUCGGAAGGCCUGGGUGAGUCUGCUGGAAAAGCUGCAGCAUGUCUGAUGUUGCUGCCAGUCGUGCAGGCAGACUCAGACAAGCUUGCCAGUGUGCACAAGACGGUGCAAGCAUUGUCAGCGGCAUUGCAGGGCAAGGACGACGCAAUGAAGAACUUUCAGCAGAAGUUGCAGCAUUUGGAGACUCUGCUUGAAGAGAAGGCCGCUAAGAUAGAUGCACUAUCCGCCGAGAGCGCAGAGGCAGCGGCCACAACUUUCAGCAAGGCCGCCACAAAAGCUCUCAGCAAGGGGGUGGUGGCAUUGCAAGAAGAAGCUUCAGAGAAGUCUCCAAAGAAGCAUAAGGGCGACGACAAGUGUGGCACUGUCACAGAGAAAAACUGCAAGGCCAACAGCUGCCAGAUGAUGGCCUCUCCAAAGAAGCGAACCUUGGCGAACUAG